CCAUCCCUCACCUCUUCAGCCCACCACAGCCCGUCGCUCUACGUUCGCGAAACAACCAUCUCCCCUCCAGCUCCCGCACGUUCCACCCCAGCGCGACAAAACGAACAGGUUCCUCGCCUUUCCGAAAACAACAAACAACAUAUCACAUUUAUUAUUGCUUCCGUAGCCCUCCUAUAUAAACUCUGACGACACAGAUCGAACAACUAGAACUUCUCAUCCAAUCCCAUUGGAUCCUGACUCACGAGCGACCGUUCUUAUCGCAUCACCUUCGGCUGUCUGCACACCCCACGAAGCGAAGGUUUGACUCGAACCUCGCGUUGAAAUGGGGCUCUCCCGCUCGUCGCGCAUCAUCACGCUUCUCGUGAUCGAUACAAUCUUCUUCUUCCUCGAAAUCAUCGUCGGAUAUGCCGUGCAUUCGCUUGCCCUAGUGGCGGACUCGUUCCAUAUGUUGAAUGACGUAUUCUCCCUCAUCGUCGCUCUGUGGGCUAUUAAACUUGCGAAGGCCAAGAGCUCCAACGACUACACGUACGGCUGGCAGCGCGCCGAAGUCCUCGGUGCCUUGAUCAACGGUGUUUUUCUGCUCGCGCUGUGUCUUUCUAUUUUCCUCGAAGCUGUCCAGCGCUUCUUUGAGCCUCAAGAGAUUCAGAACCCAUGGCUCAUCCUCGCUGUCGGAUCGGCCGGAUUGGCGUCCAAUAUUGUUGGGCUAUUUUUGUUCCACGAUCACGGCCACUCGCAUGGUGGCGAAGCCGCGGAGGGACACGGACACUCGCAUAGCCACGAUGAUAUCGAGGCUCACGGAGACGACACAUCGCUAUACGACGAGGAGGAUGAUCUGCGCCGUGACGAGGGCGACAUCGAGAGCGUCCUACCCGGCAAUGUCGUUCGUCGCGUCGCUGAAGCGAGUCCCAUUAUGUCCUCCUCUUCGAGGGGCAAGCAGACGUAUUUCGCUAGCCCGAUCACCGACAUCCAUGUCCACCCUGCAAUGAACCGACAGGAAGUAUUCAACGCCGCUGCCUCGGAAGCUUCCGAAUCGGCUGUUUCGGACAACGAUGAGCAAGACGAGCACACGCCGCUGAUGACCGACGGCGGAAAGACCGUACCUGCUGGAGGCAGGCGCCGCGGUGAUUCUCGUACCUGGCACCGCGACCACAACCACUCGAAGCCCAAGAAGGCAGGCAAGGGCGGACACUCUCACCAGAAUCUCAACAUGCGCGGUGUCUUCCUGCACGUUCUCGGCGAUGCUCUCGGAAAUGUCGGCGUCAUCCUUACCGCGCUCUUCGUCAAGUACAGCCCCAACCACGAAUGGUCCAGGCCGUUCACCAACUAUGCGGAUCCCACCAUCUCACUCAUCAUCACCAUUAUUAUCUUUUCGUCGGCACUGCCGCUCGUGAAAUCCGCUUCUAAGAUCCUGCUCCAGGGUGUUCCUAAGGGCAUCGCGCUCGACGAGGUCAAGGAGGACAUUCGGUCCAUCCCUGGCAUUGAGAGCGUGCACGAGCUUCACAUCUGGCAACUCAGCGACGUCAAGAUGAUUGCGUCCCUGCACAUCCAGAUCGCCUUUGACCCCGAGACGGACAAGGGACUGAAGUACAUGCGACUUGCGAAGGCCGUUAGAACCUGCCUUCACGCUGUCGGUGUGCAUUCCGUCACCAUCCAGCCCGAGUACACGCCGAAGGGCGGUCUCGCUGCGAUUGCAUCUCAGGCCGGAACGAGCACUUACGGAGCCCUCGGAACUGCCGCCACCGACGCCGACGCGUGUCUCCUCGAGUGUGGAGACGAGUGUGGCAGUGGAAAGUGCUGUGCACCUGUAGACGAGAAUGCCGUUGGCAAUGGCGCGCAUGGACACUCGCACUAGUAGGUGGAGAGUUCUAUGGUCGUCUGGUUCUUGGGCUUGGUUUCCUUGACUUUCUUUGUUACAUAAGGCGUGCCGGGGGGUUUUCCUUGAUUGUUCUGUCUACUUCAACUUACGCGUGAUGCUUAACAUGCUACGGACUGGGCCGGGUUGGGGUUUGGGAUACUUUUCUUCUAUUCUUUUGUUUGCUGCAAGCAAUUAGGAUGUUUUCUUCAGGGAAUGCGGGGAGGAGAUUGUAAAUAAUACUUAUACAGCAUAGAGAAAAACUAAUAUACCCACUCUAGACACUUCAUAUGUUCAGAAGGGUGAGGAAACGAUUUGGACACUUCG